AUGCUAACCAGCUGGAUCUUUCUCUUCCUUACACAAUUAAAUAACAAUAAAAUCGAAUUUCGGUUCUAUGUAUAUAAACUUAUAGAAAUAAUUAUUCAAACAAAUUGGCGUGAACGACAUGAAGAAUUUAUUAGUGCCGUGAGUGCUUCUAAGCAAGUCGGGAAUGCAUUGAAAACGGGUGCCCCUCUACCUCCCCCUCCCAAAACUGCUUCGAAUGCUGGUAAAUUUAAUAAAACUAAAAAUUUUAAAAAUAAAUUUAAAGAUUAUAUUAAAUGUGAUUUUUGUGGUAGAAGUUUUAACAAAAAUGCAGCUGAGAGACACAUUGAAUUCUGUAAGGAACAGAGUGUUAGGAAAGCUAUUUUGUCAAAACAGGGAAGACAAAAGACUUCCGAAUCUGUUAAAAGUCGUCCAAAAACAAGGUCUUCAUUGACUUCAUCCUCGGCUACCUCAUCCGGUUCCUCUCAUUAUGGUCAAUCAGAUAAAGCUGUCUUAACUAACUCAAAAUCGACACAUGCACCUAUUCAAAGUUCGUAUGCUAAUCAACGAAGGCCUAGUGGUGGGAGUGUUAUAAUACAUAGAAAUACGGAAAGUGUUGAGAGAAUAACUGCUAGUUCAAAUUCAAGAUUGCCUCAACCCACAGUAAAAAGAAGCAAUUCUGCACCACGAGGAAAAGAAAUAUCAAAACCAAUUGGAAAAAGCAAUUCGAACACUGGAAAGUCAACUUUCUCCACCCCAAAAAGCGCAGGAAUGUCCUCUACCUUACAAGAUAAUAGAUUAGCUAAAAGAUUAUCAAAACAGCAUUUAUGA